GCGGUAUAAGGCCCGUCAUAUGGGACCAGAGCGCUCUCCGGUCUAUCGGGUUUCAAAUUUUUUCUUCGCCGCGUGAUUCACCAAUACAUCCGUAGAACAUAGUAACCCAUGCCCAGCACUGUGUCAUCGCAAGAGGACGGCUUGGAUACGGUAGUCCAAGCCAGGUCUCUGGUCCGUAUCGAUACCGAAUUCUCGGCAGAUUGUAUCGAAUGGUGUACUUCUGCAGGCUACGAAGAUAUCUUCAUUUGCGGCACGUAUCAAGUACUGGAGCAGGGAGAUGAUCGACAGACCAGAGCAUCCCAACCUGAUGCUGAUCUAGAUCGAGGCGAGGAUAGUGAUGUCACCUUGCAAUCUGUGGAGCACGAUGAAGACGAAUCCGACCUCGAUCCAAGUAUCAAACCGUCGACUCACCGUACCGGCCGGUUACUGUUAUUUCAGGUGACGGACCCAUCUACAGGCAGCAUCACUGAGGUUCAGAGACUCGAAACGAAUGCCAUUCUGGAUGCCAAGUGGUUUGCUGAAGCCCGUGGGCCGGAGCUUUUGGUGGCCGAUGCGAAAGGUCAAAUCAACAUCUACACCUUGACCAGGGACAAGCAGCUACGCUUAGAGCAGACGGUUCAAGUUGGAGAUCCAUCCGUUCUAGUAUUAUCCCUGGACAUCAACACUGCCUCUUCUGCACGGGCAGAGGUCGCCUUCUCGCUUUCUGACGGCGCGUUGGGCAUUCUCAGCCGUACGUCGGCCAAUGGAUGGGCAGUCGAAAAUACAUGGAAAGGACAUGACUUUGAACCUUGGUGUAUAGCCUGGGACAAGUGGUCAGCUCAUACCGUAUGGUCUGGAGGCGACGAUCUCAAGCUCAAACGAUGGGAUACAAGAUCGACCUCUUUCCCAACGUAUACCGAUAAAUCCUUCUCGGCAGGUAUAACGACAUUGACUAGUUCUCCUCAUACGCCGUAUCUACUGGCCGUGGGCUCUUACGACGAGUAUCUCCGUUUGUACGACACACGGCAACCUCGGAAUCCCCUGAGUGAAGUCCAUGUUGGAGGAGGCGUAUGGCGAGCAAGGUUCCAUCCGGAUGUCAUGAGGAGAAGAGAUGAAAUGUUACUCGCUACGAUGCACGAUGGGUUCAAGGUGAUCAAGCUACACGCCGCGAGACACGACGCUGCCGAACCACUUUUCGUCCCACUGGAGGAUCCUAGCUGGACUCAAGUGCCGACUAUCGUCAAGCGGUUCGACGGGCAUGAAAGCUUAGCCUACGGUGCCGAUUGGUCUCGAUUGCCAAGUGCAGCCGGAGAAACACUCAUUGCGACAUGCUCUUUCUACGAUCACACCAUGCACCUCUGGCGAGGAUGACCGUAUCUACAUAUCAGUCGAGGCACUCGCACGAGAUAAUCCCCUACAUAUACGGCAAACAAGGCACAAAAGGUUCGCAAGAUCUGACCAGCAUCACAAAUUGUCCUCUUGCAGGUCCUCGUCCUCGAUGGCAUCAUCCUCAUCCUCCCCUUGCUCAUCAUCCUCAUCGACAUCAUCACUCCUCGCAUGACCUUCGUCGGACCCCUCGCGGACUCUAACCACUCCAAUCUCACUCGAGCCUCCCUCGCCUCCUCCGGCCUCAUCAGGAGCCUUUCUAGCCGGAGCUUCCCGUAUCUGCCUUCUGUACAUAUCCGCAAAUUGCUCGCUCGACGUCGCCUGUUCCCACGAUUUGUCCUCACGCAACUUCAUAAACCGCGGGAACCGGAUCGACAAUCCACGUUCCGAGCCCAAUAAUGACGCUGCGGCGGGAUAGACUGGCGAAAGGGUGAUA